UUCUUCGUCGUCAAACAAAAACGCGGAAACAAAAGAAAUAAUCAGUUUGUCAAAACAAACAACACCGAGUCGGCAUAAAGUGAGCGUAGUUGUAGCUGACAGCUGUCGAAGUUCACACCUUACUUUCGCUUCCCCUAUCUGAACGACUUGCCAUGGCUUUGAAAAGAAUACAAAAGGAGUUAAAUGAUCUACGGAAAGAUCCUCCAGCUUCAUGUUCAGCUGGACCUGUAGGGGAGGACCUGUUUCACUGGCAAGCCACCAUCAUAGGACCGAAUGACAGUCCAUAUCAUGGAGGAGCAUUCUUCCUUUCUGUCCAUUUCCCCACUGACUAUCCCUUUAAACCACCAAAGGUUGCCUUUACAACGAAAAUCUACCACCCAAACAUAAAUGGCAAUGGUAGCAUCUGCCUUGACAUCCUGAGGUCACAGUGGUCACCUGCACUUACGGUGUCAAAAGUUUUAUUAUCCAUAUGCUCUUUGCUAUGUGACCCAAAUCCAGAUGAUCCGCUUGUCCCAGAAAUUGCACACCUGUACAAAUCGGACAGACAAAAGUACAACAGAGUAGCCAGAGAAUGGACUCAGAGGUAUGCAAUGUGAAGGACUGAAGUUUCAGCAACAAUGACGCAUCCUUGAACACCUCAAAGUAUGACAGUACUGUUUCAACUGCUCAUCCACACUGGUUCUAGCUGAGGUGUUUUAUACGCUUGAAGCACUUUCUCUACUCAGAUUUUACUUGACUUAACUGUUUUUACUGUUUAUUUUAUUCUUCCCUUAAAUUGGCAUUAUUAUUAUUAUUAUCAGUGGUGAAAUGGCCUGAUUGUAUUUUUCUUUUAAGAGAUUUAUAUUGUACAAGACUGUACUGAAUUUAUUUUGCAUUGUUUUGCAUUAAAAGCAUACUCAAAAUUUAA